AUGCUCGGUAUAUUCUGCGGCUCACGUCCGAAGCCUUGGCUGCUCCCGUCGCUGUCAUUGUCCUACGCCUACUGUUCUCGGGCGUCGUAUUUUGACCGAAGGAGUCCAGUUGUUGCCGGCGGAGGAGAAUCCGUCAAUUGCACCGCGAGGUGUAGCGGCGGAGAUGGUUCAAUAUGGAAGGUGAUCCUGCCGGUGGGGCGGCGAACUGCAGUGACGAAGAGGGCGGCUGGUGAGGGAUCAUGGAACGUGGCAUGGGAUGCCAGGCCGGCUCGCUGGCUCCAUCAUCCUGAUUCGGCUUGGCUCCUUUAUAGCGUGUUCGCCUGUUUAACCUUGCCGCUGCCCGAUUACUCCGAUUUAAAUUCCGAGGUUUCUCCAUCCGCUGAUGAUAAAGCCGAUGGAUUUAGCACUAAAGUUGUAGCCUCGGAUGCAGCUGAUUGUCGUUUACCUAAUUACAGGGUCACAGGGGUUCCUGCUGAUGGGAGGUGUUUGUUUAGAGCAAUUGCACACAUGGCAUGUUUGAGAAAUGGUGAAAAGGCUCCUGAUCAGAAUCGUCAGACAGAGCUUGCUGAUCAAUUAAGAGCUCAAGUUGUAGAAGAGCUUUUGAAGAGACGAAAAGAAGUCGAAUGGUUUAUUGAUGAAGAUUUUGAUGCUUAUGUCAAAAGAAUUCAGCAACCUUAUGUAUGGGGUGGAGAACCAGAGUUGCUGAUGGCUUCUCUUGUUCUUAGGACACCAAUAUCUGUCUUCAUGAUUGAGAGGAGCUCGGGUAGUUUAGUGAAGAUAGCGAAUUAUGGCAAAGAGUUUAGUAAGGAGGAGGAAAUUCCUAUCAAUGUUUUGUUUCAUGGAUAUGGCCACUAUGACAUUUUGGAGUCCAUCACUGAUCCAAGCUCCGAUUCUGUCCAUUCCGAUCAACAAAAUAUCUCAGUAAAUUCUUUAGCAUAUGUUUCCGGUUCAAAUCUUCAAAAGUGGUCUAGUUUUUUCUUCGUCAGAAUAUUAGAUCAAGCUCAUCAGUACUGA